CUUGGACGCAAACGGUGCGAUGCCGUCCAAAAAGCACUUUGCUUCAUGCAAUGGGAGCGCUCGCGCUGAGAAACUUAAAGCACAGCACAGAGCAAAAGGGGGUCCAGUCUUCAAUGACAAAAGUCGGCGAUUAAAUUGGUGGGAUCUUCAAACAAAAGGGCGGAAUCUGGCAGAAUUUCAUCCCCCCCUGCGUAGUUGCUGUGGUAAGCAGGUUGUUCUCUUGAUCGCAGCAAAACUUUUUUAGAUGCAGCGUCUCUCUCCGUCCAGCAGGACUGAUGGCCCUGUGGCCGGCCAUCCUGUGCGCCAUCCUUCUGGGGGUCGUCUUCCUCGCAUCUGUCUUUGUAAUCGUCGCCUUUGAGGGGCAGGGGCUUGAGCGGGAGCGAAUUUGGCAAGCACGCAGCGGGCACUACAACGCGCGAUGGUUGUUGAUUUACAGAGCCUUUUGGCUGGUGUACUUCUUUGGCGUGGACUGCUAUGACGUGAGCUGGCACGGGGCGUCCGCAUUCCUGUGGUACACACAAUGGAACUUCUCCUUGGUCAUCAUCUUUUUCUUGUGUGGGACCUUGGUGAGUUCUUUGGAGUUGUGGCGGUCCCGGGCCGGGAAGCAGCACAACGAGGUGCGGGAGAUGCAGAUUCCGGGUGCAGAGGGCGACGUUGAGCUUGCCCGCAGGGGAGAGGACGAAGAGGAUAUUUGGGCAAGCGACGAGGAGGAGGAUCGGCGGCCCCUCGGCCAGCCGAAUGGAAGGAAGGUUCCAAAUGGGGUUGGGGCAAAAGGCGGGGCUGUGCCCAGGAGGAGACCAGAGGAUGAUGCGGGGGUGCUGGAAUAUGCAGUGCAGAUACUCUUCCAGACCUGCAGUUCUUCGGUUUUAUUAGUCGACACGGUCUUAUGGCUGGUCCUCUUCCCUGUCUCCGUGGAAGAGGGGCGGACGAGCGAGAUUUUGAAUUUCGUGAGCUAUAACGAGCACAUCAUAAACGCUGUUGCGAUGGCGGGGGAGUUUUGGCUCAACAGCAUGGCGUUCCCUGUAUUCCGGAUGAGUUACGUCGUUAUUUGGGCCUGCCUGUACGUUCUUCUAGAGUGGUUAGCCCACCCAUGGGGAUCAAAAUGGACCUAUUUCUUCCUCGAGUACCGGCAGCCGACGUCGAUACUUUGGUACGCAGGGUUGUUGUUACUGCAUUGCAUCUUCUUCGGGGUUUGUUAUUGGCUCUCACAAUUGAAGCAGCGGAGCCUUGAUAGAGCGGACAGCAAAGACUGGCUCCCUAUAGACCAGAAUCUUUACCGGAAAAAUGUCGUCGUUGAAAGGGAACACUUGGUGGCGGGAAAUGUUGGGCCCGCAAGUACUCCGUUCGAAAGAGUAUACUAGGACCUCGCGGCUUGCUUUUCAAGUUCUAAGUCGAAGCGUGGAAAUGCAGCCGUAACAUGAUGAUGGUUACAAGUUCUCGAUUGUGUCCAUCUUAAUCGAGUUAGUUUGCACGGUAGCAGCGCGGCUGGCAGUCAGAGAAUGAUCAGAAGCGUAACAGGCGCCGCGGCUCAGCCUAUUAGGAAGUCAGGUGCUCUUUGCAAGCUAAAGUUUGUGAUGGCGAGACUCCGAGUCAUUGGUCCAAUCGUGUCAACGCAACC